CCUAUAUGGCUGAACACAUGGACUUGCGACACGUCAUGGGUAUGGGGAUCGCAUUCACUCGGGCCUCUGCAGCCUCCUUGUCCUUCUGCUACUCUCUACUGCUGCUGACCAUGUGUCGAAACCUAAUCACGAAACUUAGGGAACUGCCCAUCCAUCAGUACAUUCCACUAGAUUCUCACGUUCAGUUCCACAAGAUCGUCGCCAUGACAGCCUUGUUCUUUACACUAAUUCACACAAUCGGACAUUGUAUCAACUUCUACCACGUGUCCACGCAACCAGUUGAACAUCUUCGAUGUCUGACAAAGGAGAUGCAGUUUGAUUCUGACUUCAAACCAACCAUAGCGUUCUGGCUCUUCCAAACUAUUACUG